AUGUAUGCAAAUUGCUUUGUCAACCAACAAAAGAUACUCUACAAUUUACCUGAUAAAACAGAUACUGAAAAGAAACGUUGGUCUAAUCGAUGGGCUAAACCCAUAUCAGAAAUUGAAGGAGAAUGGUCAAGUAAAUUUAAAUUAUUUGCUCCGAAAAAAGGACUUGACCCAAGCAUUAUAAAGUUUAUAACAACUCCCAAAAAUAUUACACCCUCAGGAAUAAAAACUUGGUGGAGUAAUGUGAAACGUAAGGUUGACAUUGAAGAUCAAGUAUUUUCAAAAGAAAGACAUAAUUUCUUAGGAAAUGAUUUAGCAGCUGCACAUUUCAUUAUUUAUAGAAAAGGAUCUGUUAAAUUUUUUGGAACAGACAAAUGGCUGAAACUUGACGAGGAUGAUGAUGAAUGUGAAGGUUUGCCUAAAUUUAACGUACCAGACCUCUAUGUCUCUCAUAUAGAUUGUAGUAAUAUGAACAUUUAUUAUGAAGGAUUACAAAAUUUAGUAAGGUUACAAAAACUUACCUGGUUAUCAUUUAGAAACUGCAAAACUAUAGAUGAUUUUUGCCUUGACCGUAUCAGCGGCGAAUAUGGUGAUACCCUAAAAUAUUUAGAUAUUAGUGGUUGUUCUAUUACAGAAAGAGGCCUAAAUGCUUUAUAUAGACUAAUGAAUCUAGAAACUCUAAUAGUUACAAAUGUAAAAGAAUCUAUCUCUUUUGAAUUAACUUGUGCAAUGUUAGAAGAAUUGUAUCCCAAAUUAAUUAUUAAAUCUAUGGAUGAGUCUGUAAAACAAGUUGAAUAAAAUAUUUGUUCUAUUUUAAA